GUCUGGAGGUUUCUGGUCUCUCUGGUGAUCUCAUCAUCUCCAGCCUGUUGCCAUUAGAGGGUGUGUGUGUGUGUGUGUGCAGCCCCGUUUGUGUCUGUGUGUGUUUGAACAUGUGUGCGUGUCUGUAAUAAUGUAGUCCUUUUAGUGAUUUAGUGUGUGUAUUCUGUUGAGCUAGCAGAAACUUGGUGUGCGGCUGUGAGUGUGUAUAAGUACGUGUGUGUAUGUGGUUGAGUCGGUAGCCAGGGACUCCAAGCCACAAUAUUUUCCCCUUCAGUCAUGUUGUUUUAUAUCAUUCAUAGAGAGGGAGAGAAAGAGUGCGGGGUGGCGUGUGGUUCAGAUAAAUACAGUAGUAAAGACGUGAGUGAUUGCUGAGGAGUGGGUGAAGAAGAGGUGUAGAAGAAGGGUAAGGGUGGAGAGAGAGAGAGAGAGAGAGGUGUAGGACGUGUUUGCUGAGUGGGUUGGGGUUGAGUACACAGUAGCUCCACUGACAUAGAAGGACAAUAUUUGCAGACCACACUCGACAUGCACAAACACACACCCACAUGUAGAGCGCACAGGGAGAAAAUACUCCUCAACAACCCAGGAGCCUGCCCUGUGCAGCCAUGCUGAUGUAUGAUUACCCUCUGAAGACAGACAUGUCAUUCUUUUCUUCGUUAAUGAAAACCCCCGAGUCAUACGGAUUGAUCUUCUCCCAUCCCACCCACCUCUACCACCCCACGCACAUGCACGCCUUCACCCAGUCCCACACCACGAGCAACCCCACACACACCCAGCUGGAGCCCGUGGACCUGUCAGUCAGCAAGCGUUCCUCCUCCACCUCUUCUUCCUCCUCCCCUCCCUGCUCCUCCGCCUCCUCCCCGGCUUCCUCACGCAGCUCCCCGCCUUCCCCCUACAGCUCAGCGAGUCGUGCCUCCCCGCGCUGCUCCCCACCACACUCCCAGCUGCACUCCUCGCCCUCCCACGCUCUCCCGCCACCAACUCCCUCACUUCCUUAUUCCACGAUGGUGGGUCCUCUCAUCGGACCGGUCAUGGUGCCUGUCCUCUACCCCUCGCCUCUCCACCUGCAUCAGCAGAUAAUGUUGAGCCCACCUGUCGCCAGUGACGACGACCAUCAUCGAAGCAGGGAGUACGAGACAGUUCACUCUACGAAACCCCUGGAGCUGCAAGGCGACGCCCACGAUCUACACAAGCCAAUCAAAACAGAGCCACGUCCUGAGCUCACUCAUGACCUCCACAGCAGCCACGAGAUGACAUCAUCAGUCAUCAGGAUACCGCACGAAUACGGGGGUAACAACCCAUCAGUAAUAGUCAGUCCGGGCACACAGCAUCCUCUCCCAGCCGAAUCUCCUGACACGCUGAAAAAGCGGCGAAUUCACAGAUGCGACUUCUCCGGCUGCAACAAAGUGUACACCAAGAGCUCCCACCUCAAAGCACACCGCAGGACACAUACAGGUGAGAAACCCUACAAGUGCAUGUGGGAAGGCUGCACAUGGAAGUUUGCCCGUUCAGACGAGCUGACGAGACACUUCCGCAAGCACACAGGAGUCAAACCGUUCCAGUGCCCCGACUGUGAACGCAGCUUCUCCCGUUCCGACCACCUGGCUUUGCACAAGAAACGCCACCUCCUGGUGUGAAACCCUCUACCAGGCAACUUGAAAGAAACUCUGUGCUAGUUUCAAUGUCGGACUGUACCACUUUGACUUGAGGGGCGGGGGGGGGGGGUGCUGUUUAAAGAGCUGGCCUUACACAUUGGACUCUGAGAGGGAGGUUGGGGAGGCUGCAACAUCUCAGCGGGCCUGAGAGCAGCACCCUCUUGUGACUGCAGAACCAAAAAGCAUCAACAGCCGCUCAGUUUAAGCCACAGACUCUGUACACGGCAUGCUUAAACUUAAACUUCUUUUUUUUUUGCAACAUCAGUUCUAAUUUCUCUGCAUGCAUUCAAGUAAAGAUUGUGGACUUAAACACACACAAGUUAUUUACUAGCUAGGCCAAUAUAAUGUGAAACUUUCCAGAAUGUAUCAUAUCACACCUACUGUGCAUCGUGUCAUACAUACUUCAGCUUUCUUCCUGUGACGUAACGCUAAAGCUAACUCCUCCUUUAUGGACCCGCCACAUUAAACCACCACACACCUCAUCUGCCUCUACAAGCUUAUAUCAUGAAGUGACUUUUUAAAUAAAAAAACUAAACAACAACAACAACAACAACAGGUAGCUAAUGCUCGCUUUUCUCUUGUACAUACCUGCACACGGCACACACAGCAGAAAACAUGCACUUAAUAAAAGCAGCUCAGCCUCGGUCUGGUGUGCUUUUGGUAUUUGGGUUGAAACAAAUGGGGGGACUCUGGGUCUUGUUCAUUGUCAGAGUGAAGUGUUUUUUUUUUUUUUUGUUUUCAAUCAGAAAUGUGAAAGUUGCUGCACAGGGGCAUUAUUGUGUUAGUGAGGAAAAGACACCACUUGGUUGGUUUAAGGGUAGAAGCAAUGAAAGGUCUUGUGUCUUAUAUCGAGUUAUAUAUCUAUAUGAACUAUUGUUUGGUUUAUGAUGUGACCCCAUGGUAGCCUUUUUUUAUUGUAUGACACUUUUUUAUAUGGGAAAAAUAGAAAGUGCAAAGCAGGAACAUUUGCUCUUUAAUUUUUUUUUUUUUUUUAAUAUGGAGCAGUUGAGUUUUUAUUCUAGCCCUCCCUACAGAAUAUGUCAUUUGAAAGAAAAUGCCAUUUAUCAGUUUUCCUAAUCAGAAGUCAUAAGUAAAAAAGUAUUCUUCUACUACAGCAUAAUUUUUUUAAAUGUUAUCAGGAUUUUAGAGCACAAAUUUCUCUUUUUACAGCUUCUGGAGAAAAAAAUAGUUUGUUUAUCGCGUCUUUGUACAUGUCUCCAAUGUGCACUUUAUAUAUAUUUAUAUAUAUAUAUAUAUAUAAACAUUCCCAAAGCCAAACAUUUUUUUAAUCACAUCAGUAAUAGACCUGCUGGUCAGUUUGAUCUGAAACAUUUAACAGGUGUCUUGGUUUGUCAUUUAAUGCCAGAAACAGGUUCUUUUAUUCACACACAGACUCACACACACACACACACACCGAAUGUAGCGGCUCAACUGAUCUGCAUUUACCCCUGGAUAUUCUUUGCUUGUAAAUGUUUUUUGUAUCUCUGCAAAUAUAAGUUGUAAUAUAUAUAUUUUAUAAUUGAUUAUUAGACUGAAAGGGCAAUUAAAGGUUUUUAUUAAGCAUGAUUUUGAUACUCUCUCAGUAAUGGAUAUUAUACAUUUCUAUAAAGUUGUGUCUAUAAUAAACCCUAUCUCUUUUUAAUCUAAACGUUGGCAAUUCAAAGGGAACAUGUUAAACUGUGAACAUAUAACUGUACAGGUCUGUCUGCGAUUUUGCAUUUAUUUUAAAACAGAAUAUUCAUACCACUUAAUAAACUUAUUGAUAAUAUUUGCAGAA